AAAACCACUUGAUGUCAUUAACCACUCUCGACAGGGAUCGCAUCUCAAUCUCUAGUUGACUUCAAAGUGAAGGACCAUGACACCAGAUCACGAGAUAGUUUAGCUUUCCUUUCAUCAGUACAACUGUGUCAAUGCAAUGGCACUUAUUGGCACUUUAAGUACGUAAGUCUGACGUAAAGGUAGUUUACACCCAACUACACUGACUGUGUAUUGAGCUGCGUCUUAGUGCACUAUAGAUGACAAUGACGGAAGACUGCAGCGAUACACUAUGAACAUACUUAGAAAAGAAAUGAAGCAUUUAUUAGUGUCAGACUCAGACUAAACUAACUUUUUGUGUUGUAUCUGUUUCAGUGCAUUCAGUACAUUUUGUGGUUUUCAGCAGGAUGUAAAGGUAUUUGCUCUCUCACAAGGAUAUCUCUUAAGACAAAGACCAUUUAAGCAAAUUUUAAUAAAUGUACUUCACUCCAAAAAAAGUUAAAAGUUACCUGUUUUUAUAUUGUAUAUGAAGAUCAUUAAAUCUGAUUUAUAUCUAAUGCCAAGUAAUUAUUAUUAUUAUAUUAUAUGUGGACGUAAAAAAAAAAAAAUCUUUUAAACUUGACAAUGUAUGUGGCCGUGAACAUGUGAUCAUGUUUUCUAAGUAGGACAUGCAGUACACAGUCACUACAGAUUGGCCAAUAAAACACAGUUCCGUCUCUAAAGAGUGGAAAAGGGGUCAAUGUGCUUUUCACUUUACACAGCAAAUUGAACACAAUGACAUCUCCGGUGUUUGCUCUCUAUCUCUAUCUCGCAUGUCUGUUCUUGGGGAAAAUGGCUCAGAUGACCGAUCUGAAAUUAUCCUCACCUGUUCAUCAAGAGAAUGGUUUUGUAUUAGUUAAGGCAAAGGAGAACUUGACUUUGCAAUGUUUCUAUGACAGAGAUGUUGCUGCAAGGCUUUACUGGUAUAAGCAAACUCUGGGGCAGAAACCAAGGCUCAUCUCUAAUUUCUAUACGUAUGAUAAAAAAAAAAGUUUUCAUGAUGAAUUCAAGAACAAUUCUCGCUUCAAAUUGGAUACUGAAAAUGGUCACUUGACAAUCACAGAUUUGCGUACUUCAGACGCAGCUACUUACUUCUGCAUAAGUUGCUAUCUAUACAUGUUAGAAAUUUCAGAGAGCACUGUAGUCGAUGUGAAGGGUUCAGGUUUGAACAUCCCAGCUUUGGUCCAUCAGUCAGCAGCUGAGACCAUCCAAACAGGAGACUCUGUGACUCUGAACUGUACAGUACACACUGGCAGCUGUGAUGGAGAACACAGUGUUUACUGGUUCAAAAACUCUGAAGAAUCUCAUCCAGGACUCAUUUACACCCAUGGAGGCAGGAAUGAUCAGUGUGAGAGGAAACCCAACGAACAAACACACACCUGUGUCUACAACCUGCCAAUGAAGAGCCUGACUCUUUCUCAUGCUGGAACCUACUACUGUGCUGUUGCCUCAUGCGGACACAUACUGUUCGGAAACGGGACCAAGCUGGACUUUGAGCAAGAGGUGGACUCUCUUGUCUUGGUGCAUUUCUUGAGUGGAUUUUCGACAUUAACGACCAUCCUGAGUGUUUUACUGGCUUUCUCAGUGUGCAUGAUGAACAGGAGCAACAGCUGCCAAUCAACAGGAUCCAGAUGUCCAGCUCCAUCCACACUAGAUGCAGAGGGUUACCAACAUGCAGAAAAGAUCUAUUUUGCUGCUUUAAGUGUCAACCUGACCAACCGAUCAAGAAGACAGCGGGAUCAGACCUGGAGUGAAUGUGUGUACUACAGCGUAAAGCAGUAGAACUAGACGUGUUAUAUUACUUUUGAGUAAGACUUGUGUUUUUAAUAGGGCUGUCGAAUUAAUCAGAGAAAAAAUAAUGUGACAAAGAUAUUAGCGCAGAUUAAUCGCGCUCCUAGAUGCCCCUGACUUUUGUUCCGACAGCACCUUUAUUAUGUUAUGAUUUAAUGAGUAUAUUUAGAAGAUUAGAUUCAUCGAUGGUGUAAAAGUUCAUACUUUUUUUGUUUAUCAUUGUUUUUAUUCAAAUCAUAUGUAUGUGGAAUUUAUGUUGUUUAUGAUCAAAUAAAUACAAUAAAAAUGUCGAGCAUUUUGAGCUUGAAACAA